AUGAAAUAUAUAAAGUUUAUUUUAUUAUUACUUACUCUGACAAGUUGCUUAAUUAUAUACAGUACAGCUUCUCUGCAGCCGCCGACUGAUGUAAAAGCCGAGAAACUUCGCUCUGAAAGACUUCCUGACUGUGCUGCCUGCAGAGUGCUCAUUGAAAGUUUCCAAAAGGGCAUAGAAAAAACCAAAAGAGGCAAAUUCGAAGGCGGUGACACGGCAUGGGAGGAAGACAACCAGAAAUCCUACGCCAGAAGUGAAGUAAGACUCACUGAAAUCCAGGAGAACCUAUGCAAGGAUAUAACCCGAGGUGAAAUCCAGUGCCAGGAGUUAGCCGAGGACUUAGAAACCGCGAUAGAAGAGUGGUGGUUCAAGCACCAGGACCUCCAUCCAGAUAUCUUCGCUUAUAUUUGCGUGGAUUUCACAGCCAGGUGCUGUCAGAAGGACCGGUGGGGCAAAGAUUGCUCAGAGUGUCCAGGUUACCCUGACAAUGUCUGCGGCAACAAUGGAAAAUGUCGCGGCGCUGGUACGCGAAAAGGCAACGGCACGUGUCACUGCGACAAAGGGUACACCGGAGAGCAUUGCAGCGAGUGCGAUAAAAAGUACUAUCAAUCUUACAAAGACGAGACGAAAUUAUUGUGCUCGAGUUGUCACGAGGCGUGUGUUGACGGGUGUACAGGUGCUGGCUCCGCGGACUGCCAGGGUCAGUGUAAAAAAGGCUGGGUCGUCGAUCAGGAGAAAGGAGGCUGCGCUGAUGUAAACGAAUGUGUCAAGAGCGAUAAAUAUUGUCCUGGCAAUCAAUUCUGCGUGAAUAAAGACGGCGGAUAUUCAUGUCUGAAAUGUGACCGGGCGUGCAACGGAUGCAUAGCAGAUGGCCCAGACAUGUGUGUCAAAUGCGCCGAUGACUACGAGAAGAAAGACAAUAUAUGUAUAAAUCCGGAUAUCCUCGGUCGUAAGCAGCGCGAGAAUUGGGCGCGAUACGCAACUUACUUUGGACUCUGCCUCGCAACUUACAUUAUCCUGCAGGGCAAUGUCUAUGCUGCUAGUGCUAUUGGGUUGAUGGUCGCACUCUACAUAUCUGUUUCCGAGUACAUGAUUGCUAACACUAAUGUUCAAGACACUACGCCCAAUGUUGACUUUUUACCGCCUACAAAUUGA